AGCCCGCAGUGCGACCAUGGCCAGACGAGGAGCAUCACCCGCCUACUGCGCGUGCGCACUCGCCUUCUUCGCAGCGUUCGCCACGACUGCAAGCGCCCUGCGGUGCGAGACGCCUUGCGUGAAGGUGGCGGAGUGCGGCUGGCUGGCCGCGCUGCUACGUCAGGAGCCGCGGCCUGCCGGCGUCGAAGAGGCGAUGCGCCGCCGCGUCUGUGGUUGGCAGGGCCGCUUCGUGCUCGUCUGCUGCGGCUCGCCGCCGAACCAGCCACAACCACAACCACAAGCACCGCCGGAGCCGCAACCACUGCCGGAGCCGCAGCCGCAGGAUCCCGCCUGGCCACAGAACCCGCUGCAGCACCCCAACAUACGGCUCCUGCCCAUGGACACGUGCGGACAGGACGACUCAGACCGCAUCACCCGCGGCAACGUGACUGCCGUCAACCAGUACCCCUGGAUGGCGCUGCUUGGCUACUCGAACGGCGGACCGGUGUCGUUCCUAUGUGGUGGGUCGCUCAUCACCAGCCGCUACGUGCUGACCGCAUCGCACUGCGUCAACGGCAGGAAGCUCGGCUCCUACAGGGUGGUGAGAGUGCGGCUAGGCGAGUGGGACCAGCGCACGGACGUGGACUGUGACGGCGAGAUCUGCGCGCCGCCGCCCGAGGACUACGGCAUCGAGGAGGCGACGCCGCACCCACAGUACAGGCCGCAGGCCAGCGCCAACGUCGCCAACGACAUCGCGCUCCUCAGACUCGACCGGGACGCACCCGAUAACUCUUUCAUCAGACCAAUCUGCUUGCCGGUUACACCUGAGAUGAGACAAGCGACGUUCAUCGGGAAGAGUCUUGUUGUGGCUGGAUGGGGUACAACCGAAUACGGUGACUCCAGCCCAGUGAAGCUGUACGUCGGGGUGCCGGUGGUGGACGAGCAGACCUGCCAGCAGCGGUACUCGCGCUGGAAUCGACGCAUCGUGCCGUCGCAGGUAUGCGCCGGUGGUAAGGAAGGCAAGGACUCCUGCUCCGGCGACAGCGGCGGCCCGCUCAUGGCUUUCGAAGGCCAGCCACCUAGGGGUGUCCUCGUUGGCCUCGUCUCAUUUGGCCCCCGAAACUGCGGCAUGGUGGGCUAUCCCGCUGUCUACACCCGUGUCUCCUCCUUCCUCACCUGGAUACUGGACACCAUUCGACCUUAACAUCAAGCACACGACCUGCAUCAGACCAAAUCAUUGUGGCUGACCACCACGAAUAUCGUUCGACUGGAUGCAUCCAGACGAAUUACGUCAACUCUCAGACACUAAUGUUCACGUUACUGCAAUGAAUAUCAAAGACAUUAUAUCUUAAGAGGUGUCAACUUAAGGCAGUGUCUCCUCUCACACCGUUUGCACCAACGUCUUUAAGAUAUUCAUUAUCAAAUUUUCCUUUGUCCUCAUCUUUUUUGUGUAGUACACACAAAAUUGUGCAACAAAUUAUCAUUAAAGAAAAAAAAAAGAAAUAUGUACUGUACAUAUGUGGAAAGAGCGGAGAACGUGAUUAUGAUGGCAAAAAACAUGAGAAAAUUUUAAUAAAAUUCGUUUUGUGAACAGUAAAAUUUCGUGAGGCUCUCACACGUGGAAACAGGGAAGGUAAGUACAACUGAGAACAACAGGAUUUCAGAGGAUUAAUCUUGACGAACAAUUGAUUCAUUGUAAAUGAUGUGAAAACAUGGUACUACUAACAAUUGCCUCACCAUCUGACACAGAAUACUGUCCUGCGUAGUAACAAACCUAAAUUAUCCUUGUUUCUUGUGUCUCCUUGUUCCCUAGUUUCAAGAAUUACAUGUUGUGUAUACGUUCAUCAUAAAAGCAAUUGCUUUGAUCACUUUCUCGUCGCUCGUUAUCUCAUUUACAGUAGUUAUUAAUAAUUUAUGCAAAUUUUUUGGUAUGUCCACCUCCGUAAAUGAGUGGCCAGUAUAGAAUGCUGAUAUGUAGAAGAUCCGCGUUCGUUUCACUUCACUGCAAACUCAUUUUCCUUGGUGCGAGAGCUGUGACGUGAUGCCAGUUGCGGAGCUACUUGAAUAAGAAGUAGCGAACUCAAGCUCUGGAAAGUCAGCAAAACGGCUCGGAGAGCGGGUUGCUGAUCACAUGCCCUCCACUCCACAUCCACGCGACCCCGAUUAGUAGUGGAUGAUCGUGUUUUAUAGCAGAGAAAUUGAUUUCGAGCCGUGAAACCAUGCUGUUUACUAAGUGAAUUUUGUGAAUUGUAAUUUAUUUUGUUGUCCUUGUGCAUCAUGGGACUGAGCUGGAUCAUUAAUAGAUUGUUAGUUUUGUUAAUUGCUAUUUAUAAAUAAACGUUUUAAAAUA